UCCCCAUAGAGUACGCUCUGCACGUCUACAACGAGCUGAUGUCCGUGGGUCAGAAGUACGGGAUCCGUAACGCCGGGUACUACGCGCUGCGAAGCCUCCGCAUCGAGAAGUUCUUCGCCUUCUGGGGACAGGACCUGGACGCCUUCACCACGCCGCUGGAGUGCGGACGAGAGUUCAGGGUGAAGUUCGACACGGACACGGACUUCCUGGGUCGGGCGGCGUUGCUGCAGCAGCGUCACGACGGUGUGUUCAGGCGCUUCGUGAUGCUGAUUCUGGAGGACCACGACACGGAGCUGGACCUGUGGCCCUGGUGGGGGGAGCCGGUGUACCGUAACGACCAGCUGGCUGGCACCACCACCAGCAGCGCCUACAGCUACACCCUGGAGCGCCACAUCUGCCUGGGCUUCGUCUCCCCCCCCCCGAGCCCAGAGGGGCUGCCCACCCCCAUCACGCCCGACUUCAUCAACCGAGGAGACUACGAGGUGGACAUCGCCGGGCAGCGAUACCCCGCCAAAGCCAAACUCUACCCCUUCAGCUCGCUCUUCACCCAGCAGAAACGCCGCAAGGAGGACAUGGAGCUCAGCAACCUGCAGGGGAAGUGAGGAGGCGGAGAAACGCCCGAAAUCCAACACUCCUUUGAUGUUUUUGACAACCCAGUUUAGAUUUAACCAAAGCCCCCCAAGCAUUCUCUCUAUUGUCAGACAGAAAAAACAGGUUUUAGGUUGGAUAGAAGUCGAUUAGGAAAAUAACCCGACUUCACACUUGAUUUAUUAUCUCAAUUUCCCUGAUGUGUUUAAAGUCUAAAAUGCAAGUCUUCUUCAGCACAGAAUCAUGUGCAUAUGCUUUAGGGCUGUGCUACUUUGUGAUUGACAGGUCAGUACCGUCAUGUUGCCCACUUAAAGUUCUCUAACUUUUA